CAGACCCCAGAGCAGAGACCCGGACCGCGCGAGAGACACCGUGAGCUCUGAGCACCCUCGUCUGCAAGUUGCUACCAUGGAGAUCAGCCGAGCUGGAGAGGCUCGGAGUAACGGCGAGUCUUGCACCACGUGGAGUGCGCUGUCCUCAGCGCGCACCUCCUCCAUCCGCAGCAAGUCGCCACAAGCAAUCCUGGCUCUCUUUGGCCCUCAAAUGACCCACCGGGAGAAGCUGGAGCUUGCCGCCAUACAGGAAGUAUGGUACUUUGCGCUCCGCAACAGAUCCCGGGGACCAAACAACGAUGGAUACGACGACCACGAACAUCAUUACAUUCCGGUCCAGCAUGAGCACCUCCACUACCGCUAUGAGGUGCUGAAGAAGAUUGGGUACGGAGGUCAAGGCCAGGUGAUCCGGUGCCUUGACCACAUGAGGAACACCCUGGUGGCCGUGAAGAUCUUGGUAUCACCAUUGAGCUCCAAGCGUGAUAAAUUUCAGAGAAUGGAGAUCAAGAUGGCUCUGGCACUUCAGGGCGAGGGCAGUGAUGAGGACUACAACGUCGUCAAAGUCCUGAAAUAUUUUGACUUCAGAGGACACCACUGCAUUGUCCUGGAGCUGUUGAAGGAGAGCCUCCAUGAUGUGAUUAAGGAAGCGGGGCUCCGGCAAUUGCACAUGGGGAUGGUGAAAACUUACACCAGGGGCAUCCUCAAGUUCCUUUGCCACACCAAGGCCAGGAGCAUCAUCCAUGCGGACUAUCAAGCCAGUGAGUGGACACAGCAUUCAGCGCGACUUUGUUCCGGAGUUGUCAUUAUUGGGGACUCGGACCAUAGAGAAAACCGCCCACGUUGGUCACAGGGUCGAUGUGUUAGGUCUGUCCGUCUAUCUGGAAGGAGACAGGGUCACGUUACCUCUGGUGAUGAUCCGGUAUGAAUUAAACUGUCGUGUA